UUUAUCAACUUGACUUACCAUUUGUGGGAUCGCACUACGAUAAACGCUCUUCGAUCACUGCGACUUUUCGCCAUCCACCAUCCACCGUGCUUUCGUCGCUCUAGUUGUCACUGGAGCUUAUAUUCUCCAUCAACUUUGUGUAGCAUUCCCCUCUCCCCUUGGAAACAACUAUGACGGCUACCAAGAAAACUUCGUCGAACACCAAAACUCGGUCGUCCUCUUCAGAUGUAUCUCUCAAGAAAGUGAAGGGCGAGAACUUCUACCGCAAUGCAAAGCAAAUUGGACGACUGAAGAUGCUUAACGGCGGAAAAGCUGUGAGAGAUAAAGAUGGAAAGAUUAUACAAGCCGCUGCUUUUCAGAAGGGAGAAGAUGAGACACUGCCUGGUCGCGUACAACCUGAUCGCAGGUGGUUCGGAAAUACCAGAGUCAUCACACAAAAGGCACUGGAUCACUUCCGCACCAGCCUCGCCGGCAAGCAGCAUGACCCGUACUCUGUCUUGCUCAGACGCAACAAGCUGCCUAUGGCACUCUUGGAUGAUGCGGCUAAUCCGAAUUUGCGAAAACGUUCUCAUAUUGUCGAGACCGAACCGUUUCAAGACACCUUUGGUCCGAAAGCGCAGCGAAAGAAGCCUCGAUUGAAUGUCGGGACCUUUGAGGAACUGAGUGAACUGGGUGCUGCGGCAGCCCAUCAGGCGGAGGCUGCGGCGGAUGAGGUUGUUGAGAGAGACGGAGAGCCCGGCACAUCAGCUUCAUUGGGCGACUUCCGGAGCCAUGCGGAUAUCAUAGAACCGAUCUACGCUAAGGGAACUUCACGACGAAUUUAUGGCGAGCUUUACAAAGUCAUUGAUUCAUCGGAUGUUAUUCUUCAUGUCCUCGACGCGAGGGAUCCAUUAGGAACACUUUGCGAGUCAGUCUUGGAAUAUAUAAGGAAGGAGAAGGCGCAUAAACAGGUUGUACUGGUCGUUAACAAGUGUGAUUUGGUUCCGAACUGGGUUACUGCCCGAUAUAUCCAACACCUCACCCCACGAUACCCCACCAUAGCAUUCCACGCCUCCCCGAAUCAUUCAUUCGGCAAAGGCUCAUUGAUCCAACUCCUCCGACAGUUCUCCCAACUGCAUUCCGAUAAAAAGCAGAUCUCCGUUGGUCUCGUUGGAUAUCCGAACGUUGGUAAAAGCAGUGUCAUCAAUACCCUCAAAAGCAGCAAAGUCUGCACAGUGGCUCCAGUUCCUGGAGAGACCAAGGUCUGGCAAUAUAUCACCCUCACGAAACGGAUAUACCUCAUUGAUUGUCCUGGUAUUGUCCCUACAUCCGCCAAGGACUCACAUACGAACACCGUGCUCAAGGGAGUCGUUCGUGUUGAGGCACUUGCAACACCGUCAGAGCACAUCCCUGUGCUCAUGGAGCGUGUAAAGGCUAUCUACCUCUCGCGUACAUACGGGGUCCCUCUCCCUGACCCUGAUGAUGUUACGAAGGGUUGGGAUCCCGAGACCUUCUUGGACAAACUAGCCAGGAUGAAAGGACGUCUACUCAAGGGUGGUGAGCCCGAUCUGGAGGCCGUUGCCAAAAUCGUCCUCAGUGAUUGGGUCAGAGGACGGAUACCGUUCUUUGCCCCUCCUCCUGAACGACCGGAGAAUCUCAAUGAGGCCGAGGCGAAGAAGGCAAGGAUCGAAAGUGCAAAGGAUAAGGGUAAGGCGAAGGCCAUCGAGGGAGAUGAGAAGAGGACCCUCGGUGUCAAGCAAAACUUCGGUUCCAUCAUGCAGAAGAAUACUUUUGUGGGUGAUGAUAUCCGACCUCUUGACGAGAAGGAUGAGGAGGGUGUUGGAAGCGACCAAGAAGAUGAGGAGGAGUCUGAGAGCGGGGAUGCAGAGGAAGUGGUUGAGGAACAAGAAGAACUUGCUUGGAACGAUGUCUUCAAGGGCGAUGCGCCAUCAUUAAGCAAGCUUGACGAUGACGCCGAAACAAACCAAGACAUAGGCGAAGCUUCAGUGAUAGACUCAGAUUCAAAUGCUGUCCCCCGGGGAAAAGAGACUCGAAUGAAGACCAACAAGCGCAAAGUGACGAACUUCUACUCGAGCGCCAAUGUCAAAGGCAAGAACCGUCAAAAGGCUGCGCUGCUAAAGGCUCUGCAGAAGGGCAAGGGUGGCGGUAGCGAUUCGCGCAGAAAGCCAAGAAAAUCUACGUAGCCUGAGUCCAUUCAUUCUUCAACCUGCACAGUUUUCCUCCGGUUUUCUGUUAGAUGACAUGACCGUCCAUGUACUGCUAGUGUAUCUGCGGCAAUUAGUCUCGCUCUACAUGUGCUUUGGAAAAGGAAACAUCUGCUUAGAGGUUUUGAAGGAUGGGACGAUACACAACUUCUCUACUGUCACAACUUGGUUACGCAAAAUCCGUUCUCCGUUCGAGUGUUCGGAAGGAUAAGAAGCAUUCGUAAAGUAUGUAAAAUAUGUACAUGGGAGGAUGUCACAGGGAGUUGUCGACAUGCCGCAAUAUGGAGAACUCGAUUACGACACUUCCUAUCCUGCUUUUGGCAAAGCCAUAAUCUCGAGAGAACAGGACAAACGAGUCACUGGCACUGUCAUCGACGGUUGAGAAAACUGACAUCGCGCAGCGUGGCAUAUCUCUCUGAAGAAACAAGAGAGAAGUGC